GUACCGUUCUCGUGAUCCGAGCCAGAAAUAGCAGCGGCGGCAGACCUUCAUCAACACCUCGUGAGUAAAACGCAUACUUCAAAAUUCCCACCACUCCAUGACAUCGGACUCUGACCAAUAUUCCAUACCAUAGCAAGCAAGUACGCCAAGGUGCUCGUCGUCUACUGCCAAUACAAGUCACGGUCAACCUCGACGCCCCAACGAUGUCGGACAAUUCGAACACCCACAGCCUUCCGCUGUAUGCACUCGGAAGUUAUGGGAGUUCCGGAGCCAGUCACCAAACGCCAUUGCGGACGGGAUUCAUCUCGGUACGGCUUCAUAGGCCGUAUCGUGAUACCAGAAUCCUCAAAAUUCCUAGACCUGAGAGCUUUGAAGAGCUUCAAGUAAUGGCGUGCGAAAAAUGUGGGGUUCUUGCCCGACCUCGUGAGUUGGUAUUUUAUGUAAAGCACCGUACUCAAUUGGGGUCGGGCCAAUUUGGAUCUUUGAAUUGGGUCCGGCUUAAGGCAUGGAAUUGGGGGCGAUUCCGAGAUUCUCUAAGCAAUUCCGCGACUACCCCUACGCUCAAGAUUUUCUGGCAGCCCAGCCAGGCAACUUUGCGCGAUCUGCGUGACACUGCUGGGUAUUCUGACGACGACGAGUACGAAAGCUCGGACUUCGAUUCAUACACAUAA